AUGGCUGCUCUGAUGAACACCUACCCCUGGCCGGAGCGACUGGAGGGGGACGGAGCCGGGGGGCUGCCAGCGGGGCCACCCACCCCCCGUUGUCCACCGGGGGAAAAAGGCUCCGAAAGCCGGAUCCGCCGGCCCAUGAACGCUUUCAUGGUGUGGGCGAAGGACGAGAGAAAACGUCUGGCGGUGCAAAAUCCCGACCUGCACAACGCGGAGCUCAGCAAGAUGCUCGGCAAGUCCUGGAAGGCUCUGAGCCUCUCGCAGAAGCGUCCCUAUGUGGAGGAGGCUGAGCGGCUGCGGGUGAAGCACAUGCAAGAUUACCCCAACUACAAAUACCGGCCCCGGCGGAAAAAGCAGGUCAAGCGGAUCUGCAAGCGGGUGGACCCCGGGUUUUUGCUGGGCAGCCUGACACGGGACCAAAACGCGGUGCCGGAGAAGCGGAACUGCGGCCGGGCUGGGGGGGAGAAAGAGGGGCUGGGUGAGUACCCCCCUGGUCCGGGGCUGCCAUCCAUCCGGGGAUACCGGGACGCCCCAGACAGUGGCAGCAGCACCAGCGUGGACACCUACCCCUAUGGGCUGCCCACCCCCCCAGAGAUGUCUCCUCUGGAUGCCAUAGACCCUGAGCAGAGCUUCUUCUCCUCGCCCUGCCCCGACGAGCAUCACCGCUCCCACCUUGCCGGAGCCACCUACUCCCCGGAAUACACGGGCAGUUCGCUCCCGUGCAACCACCACCCUCUCAGCCCCAUGCCUCAGCCGGCCACCUGCAUGAUCCCCCCAGCCACAAGCUGUCCUUCCCUUCCUCCUCCUCCUCCUCCCAGCUACUACACACCCGCCUUCCCCUCCCUGCACCCCCCCAGCCUCCAUGCCCACCUGGGCCAGCUCUCCCCACCACCUGACCACCACAGCUUUGACACUUUGGACCAGCUGAGCCAAGCCGAGCUCCUGGGGGAGAUGGACCGCAAUGAGUUCGACCAGUAUCUCAACAAUCCCGGCCAUGGCGACCACCACGGCGGGGUCUUGGUCAACGGGCAGGUCCCGACAUCUGGCAGCUCCCACGCCUCUGAGACCAGCCUCAUCUCCGUCCUCGCCGAUGCCACGGCCACCUACUACAAUAACUACAGUGUCUCUUAGACCCCCUGCUGGGGCCGCCUGGACCGGCUGAGGAAGGACCCGACACAGUCUUACGAGGCAUUGCUCCUCAGGGACAUCGCUCGCCGCCCCUCAGGGUGACCGAGUCCAAACCGUGAGGGCCACGGAGUCUCCUUGGUGGUGUAGGUAAAGGAUUUUGGUCAUCAGCUCACCACCGGUGCAAAGCCUUGGGUGCUCUGCUCCCAACAGGGCCAGGGGGGGAUUUCCCAAUGCCAAAACCCUUUGGCUACGUCCCUCUUCCAAAGCAGACGUGCUCCUGGGAGCGUGGGAAAGCUGCCCACCACUUGGGGCUGUAUUUUGGAGUUGGGAGGGUGGCAGCAUCCCGUAAACAGCAGGUCUGAAGUCCCAGCAGGGGUAAAACCCCCUGCAAGGGAAAAAAGGCAGGGAUGGGGAAAAAGGGAAGAUUUUAGUAAAUGGGUUCACAGUCUGCAAGUGCACUUUGGGCCAAUCUCAGCUCCUGGUGUUAACAUUGCUCCUGGUGUUAAAGCCCCCCAUCCUCCCACCCCCAGACCAUGAGUUGGGGGCUUAAUCCCCUGGGGAAAUUCCAGAGGGAACAAAAUGGACACCAGGGAUGGAUACCAGGGAUGUUGCCGGGCUGGCCCUAGGACUGCAUAGGGGGGCUGUUCCAGGGGGCAGCCAGCCCUGGGGGUGCUCAGCCUCUGCAUUUUGGACAAGGGUAAGACCAGGGCUUGCAAAGCAGGAUCUGACCAGCAUCCACCCCCCACAGCUUCCCCUUAGCCUUCUCGCAGAAGCAUUCCCAAAUGACAGGGCAGCAAAAGCUGCCCUCCCCACCAGGCUGGGAAUGGGUCCUGGGCCGAGCACUUGGAAAAAGAAGUGAUGUUGUAGCAGGCACAUUUUUUAAUCAAAACUUUGAAGGCAAAGGCUUCACGUUUCGAGCCGCAGUGCCCGAUGCCUCUUCUAAUUCUGGCAUAUUAUUGCUUGUAAUAAAGCUGUACAUUGAUUUAUUUCUCCCAUUAUUCCUCCCCUCUGAUUUUGUAUUGCUCGAGUUCUCUUCCUUUUUGUAAAGAUGAAGCUUUAUUUUAAAUCAGUUAUAUGACAUGAUUAAUCUUAGUGUUUACUGUAUGGCACUUGGUAAUGAUUAGUUAGUAGCAUGGCUAUGAUUUUCUGGUUUCAGUCCUGAAUGUGUAUUAAUAAUAAUUGCAAAUAAUACUUUAAAAAACCCCAGAACUUCACAGGUUUUUAAGCUAAUACAUUCCAUCUUUAUUGUGUGACUCUAUACAUUUUGAAUGAGUGUAUAUAUGAGUUUGCAUAAAAUAUUUAAUUUAAAUAAAUAUGGUUUUAUACAAUGAUUGUUUUAUGAUUUAAAUUGCUGUAGCUAUUGACAAAGUUUUCGAGACAAAAACAUUUCCUGUUCAAGUGCAAUUUUUUUAAUAAUUUUUUUUUGGUUGAUAUUUUUAGCCAAACUUUUCUACUUUCAUUUUUUUUAA